UAUGGCUAAUAGGUGCUAAUUUGAAAACUCUAAUGAUAUUGGUGUUUUUUCCAAACUUACAAAUGCAUAUUGUUUAGUUGCAUUAGGUGGAAGUGAAAAUUUCUAUUCUGUUUUUGAAACUGAAUUAGGAUUGAGCAUGCCCGUAAUUCAUUGUUCAAUUGGAGGUACAAGAAUUAUUGGAAGACUUACUGCAGGUAUUUGAAUAAUAAAUUAUUCAGGAAACAAAAAUGGACUUCUAGUCCCAAAUACUUGCACUGAUUAAGAAUUAAAAUAGAUAAGGAAUUCAUUACCAGAUGAAGUUAAGGUAUUAUAAUCAAUCAAUAUAUAGGUUAAAAGAGUAGAAGAAAAACUAUCAGCAUUAGGAAAUUGUGUUGCUUGCAAUGAUUAUGUUGCAUUAAUUCACUCUGAUUUAGAUAAAGAAACUGAGGAAAUUAUUGCUGACACACUUGGAGUUGAAGUAUUCAGAACUACAGUGGCAUAAUAAGUCUUAGUUGGAACCUAUUGUUGUUUUAACAACCAAGGAGGACUUGUUCAUCCAUUAACUACAGUUGAAGAAUUAGAUGAAUUAGCUAAUUUACUAUAAAUUCCAUUAUGUGCAGGAACUGUUAAUAGAGGAAGUGAUAUUAUUGCAUCAGGACUAAUAGUCAAUGAUUUUGCAGCUUUUUGUGGUAUUUAUAACAUUAAUACCAAUAGGUCUCGAUACAACAUCAACUGAAAUUACUGUCAUUGAAAAAAUAUUCAAAUUAUAGGAUAAGAAUAAAUAAAAUAUGAAAGUAUAAAUUCGUUAAGACAUGAUGCAAGAAUUAGAAUGAU